CCCUCUCCUCCUCCUCCCUCUUCCUCUCCCUCCUCUUCCCCACCAUCUUUGCAGUCUCCUCGCUUCCCCCGAGGCCCACCAUGGCCAUGUCAACCGACGAGCUCUUCACCGUCUUAGCACCUGAGGCCGGCCCUUCGCACGCCGUCCUCAGCCUCCAGCUCUCCAUCUGCUUCGUCCUCUUCGCCGCCAUUUUCGCAUUCUGGCUAUCGCCCGGAGGCCUCGCGUGGGCUCUCUCGAAGGUCCGCCCCACCAAGAGCAACGGCGCAGCAGCUGCCGUGUCCGUGCCGGGCCCAUCCGGCAUCCCCGUCCUCGGCCUCGUUUUCGCCUUCACCGGGUCCCUCACUCACCGGGUCCUCGACAAGCUUUCGAGGAGCUUGGGGGCCAAGAGGCUGAUGGCGUUCUCGGUGGGGUUCACCCGCUUCAUCAUCUCGAGCGAACCCGAGACCGCCAAAGAGAUGUUGAACAGCUCGGCCUUCGCCGACCGCCCCGUGAAGGAGUCGGCGUACGAGCUCCUGUUCCACCGGGCGAUGGGGUUCGCCCCGUACGGCGAGUACUGGCGCAACCUGAGGAGGAUAUCGGCGACCCACCUGUUCAGCCCCAGGAGGGUCGCCGCUUUCGGUAAGUUCCGAGCCCAGAUAGGGCUUCAAAUGGUGGAGGAGAUCAAGGGCCUGAUGGAGGAGCGCGGCGAGGUCGGGGUGAAGAACGUGUUGCACUUCGGUUCGCUCAACAAUGUGAUGAUGAGCGUGUUCGGGAAGUCCUACGACUUCGGCGCUCGCAAUGGCGGCCGUGGAAGCGACGGGGUUGAGCUCGAGUGCCUGGUGAGCGAAGGGUACGACCUGCUCGGCGUGUUCAACUGGGGCGAUCACUUCCCUCUCCUGCGCUCCCUGGAUUUGCAGGGCGUGAGGAGGAGGUGCCGCAAGCUUUGCGAGAAAGUGAACGUCUUCGUUGGUGGGAUCAUCGAGGAUCACAGGAUGAAGAGGAGGCUGAAAGGCGAGAGGAACGAGGAGGACGAGAGCUCUGGAGCUUUCGUCGACGUCUUGCUUGACUUAGAGAAGGAGAACCGUCUCAGCGACUCCGACAUGAUUGCUGUUCUUUGGGAAAUGAUCUUCAGAGGCACUGACACAGUGGUCAUCCUCCUGGAGUGGAUUCUCGCCAGAAUGGUCCUCCACCCAGACAUCCAAGCCAAAGCUCAGUCCGAGAUCGAUGCCGCCCUCGGCUCGGCCCGGUCCGUUGAGGACUCCGACCUCCCGAAACUCCCGUACCUCCGGGCCAUCGUCAAGGAAACCCUUAGGAUGCACCCGCCGGGCCCGCUCCUGUCCUGGGCCAGGCUCGCCAUCCAUGACACCCACGUCGGCGGACACUUCAUCCCGGCCGGGACCACGGCCAUGGUGAACAUGUGGGCCAUAACCCAUGAUGAGGCGGUGUGGGCCGACCCGGAAGAGUUCAAGCCGGAGAGGUUUAUGGAGGAGGAGGUACCGAUCAUGGGCUCAGACCUGAGGCUUGCUCUGUUCGGUUCCGGGAGGAGGGUCUGCCCCGGCAAGGCCAUGGGGCUGGCCACGGUGGAGCUCUGGCUUGCCCAGCUGCUGCAGAACUACAAAUGGGUCGGUUCGGAUCGCGGGGUGGAGCUGUCCGAGUGCCUGAAGCUUUCGAUGGAGAUGAAACAGUCCUUGGUCUGUAAGGCCAUUCCUAGGGUGCGGGUUGCUUGAGCCGUGUUGGUUGUGAGUGAUGGAUUGGCAGGUGGAUCUCCUUCAUGAUUUUGCACACUCUCUAUGAGGAGGUCAAUAAAAGAUUAGCCUAGCUUAGUUUAUGUU